AUGGCACGAAGUAAAAAGAACAUUGGAACAAGUACCUACGACAGCGAUGAAUACUCCACCACCAAGAGUCGUGUCUAUUCUAAGAGAGUAUUCAGAAAGAGUGUUCGGGAUGUUGUCUCGCAAACAGGAAAGAAUGUUGUGGACGCAGCCGAUCAUGUACCACAUCGAGCCAAACGAAGAUGGAACAAGGGAAUAUUCACUUCCGAUGGAGAAAUGGUCUCCAAAAUGGAUGUGAAGAGUAAGCAACACGAGUUGGAUGAAUUUAUGAGAGCCAAAGAGGAAUCUAAAAACAAUCUUAAAGCAGCUCAUCAAAAAGAGAAAUUUGAGGCUUGGUGUGAGUCUAAACCUGCUCAUGUUGUGAAAAAAACACUUAAAAAACUAGAACGAGAAGGAAAAGAAACAAUUUUUGAUGAAGAAAGCACUGACAGCGAAAUUGAAAAGAAACUUACACAAUGGGAAAGUCAUAACUAUAUUCAAAGCCUAGGAGAAACAAAAAGAUAUUUACAGACUGAAAGCUUGGCAUGUUUUUCAGAAUACAGACAUUGGAAGUUCAAGAUAACACAUUGCGGUUACUAUCCACCUUCCCUUAAUGGAUCAGUCUGUUUAUUUACAAUGAGCGUUUGUAUCAAAAAUAGCUUUGGAACAAAGAUCCUCCUUAUUGUCUUGGAAGUGGAUGCAAGCGUCAAUUCCCGUUUUGAUUUUACAAGCCAGGCUAGGUGUUAUAAAGAAGUAUCCAUUCGUGCACAAGAAUUGAUCAUUAACAACGUUCGAAAUCUGCUCUUUGGAGUCGCACUUUUAAAAAAACGUUUUGCAUGCUCAAUGGAUCAUCACGACUCGUCGUCGACGAAUGCUCAUCCCAGCAAUGCAAUGGCCACAAAUAGUAAAAACAUCAACAACAACCACACACAACCUUCGUCAUCAUCAUCAUCAUUCACAGACACAACUUCAUACAUCAGAUAUGUAAGGAAUAGUGCAGAGACUCAACGAAGAUCCUCCAUGACUGAAUGCCAAAAAUUUGAGAAGGAUUUUUCUGAAUUUUCUAAUCUUCCAAAUACCAGAAAAUGGAAGGAAAUAUUGAAUGUGCAACUCAUUCUUGUAAAAUAUGGUGUUCUGUUAGAUUAUGUUCUUGUGGGUUCUCAUUCCUUGUUGAACCAUGGAAUUGUCAACACUUUGUUGCUGUUGUUAACCAUGUUUACUGGAUACUCGUUUAGUGUUGACAUAUUCAAAGGAGUUGUCAAUAGAUUCUCCUACCUCAAUGCACUUUCUCUCAGUGUAAAAAGAUUUCUCGUUCGUCUACUCUGUUCCUCAGACGAGUUGACCACUUCCAAUUUACAACAUGUCAAGGUGGUUUUAUGUCUGACUCUUUUCACAGUACGAUUUUACUUUUUUAAAACACCCAUGACAUUAUUACUUCCUUUGAAGCUCAUGAUUAUUGGAAGCACAUCGAGAAUGAAUGACUCUUUGUGGAGGAUCAUUGUUCCUUCCUAUUUCGUGACUCACUAUCUAGCAUGCAUUUUGUAUCGAAUUUUGGUUUCAAUGUGGUCACUCUUGUUCUCUUCAAGAAUAUGGUCCAUCGUGGAAGGAUCAACAUACAUGUACAAUGAGUGUAUGCCUCUGAUUACGGAAUGUUUCCCAUGCAUUCUCUCCAUCAUGAUCUUUUCUCUCUACAUUGUUUCAUUCACGGAAUGUCUCAACAGAAAAGUGGAGCAACUAAGCACAACAAGUGAACAAUUGUCGAAUGCCUUGCACACACGAGAAAAGUUCAUUUCAAACAUUUCUCAUGAGUUUCGUACCGUAUGUCUCUCGAGUCUUGGAAGCAUUGAGUUGAUUAAGGACACUCACUUGGAUAACGAGCAAAAAGAGUUGAUCGAAAAUGUCGAGUGUUCGAAUGGCAUGAUUUUGAGUGUGAUUGAGGAUAUAUUGCAUUUUGCAAGGACAGAGAACAUGACUCAACAACCUUCAAAUCGUCGUCAGUCCCAAUCGGAUACAACUUUCGAUUUAGCUUCCUGUUUACGAUCCAUUCAUUCGAUUAUCAAAGGUUACUGUAAACCACUCAAAGUACAAGCUGAACUGGAAAUGAGUGAAGACAUUGAGAAUUUGUGGGUUCAUGGCGCUCCUUCAAGUCUUCAACAAUGUUUGAUCAAUCUUCUAAGCAAUGCUGCAAAAGCAUCCAAAAAAGGACAGACCAUCACUUUGAAAUGUGGAAUCAGCACCAAACCUUCAAGGAAUGUCAACAACAAUGGUUUUGUUGGCGAAUCAACUCAAAAGGGACAGCCACCACUCUCCCGACAAUGGUUUGAGUUUAAAGUCAUUGAUCAUGGAAAGGGUAUUGAACCACAAUACCUGAAUAUGCUCUUUCAACCAUUUGUCCAGCUGAAUAGUUUCAGUAAUUGCGGAAUUCCAGGAACAGGACUCGGAUUGAGCAAUGUGAGAAGCAAUAUUUCCUUGAUGGGAGGAAAGAUCUCUGUUCAAUCUCAAGUGGGAAAAGGAAGUACAUUUACCUUACUAGUUCCCUUCCAAGUGGUCGUCAACGCUCACAGAGAAGGUAGCCACGGUAAGACUCAUCCAUUGAGCAGAUUUUCUCUGAACAGUGAUCAGCACAACGAAUUGAACAACGACGACGUGAGAGAGAAGGAAGAAGAGGUAAGAGCCAUUGCAGAGAAUGAAUCAUCUCCAGCAGCAAUAACCACCUCUGUUGAUGGUGUACAACGUUGUGGUAGUAGUGGUUGUAGAGGGUCUCGCAGACUCAGCAGUAGUAUUUCUCCUCAAAGUGUGGACUCCAAUUUAUCGAGACAAAUGGAAAUUCAAACGACCUAUGUAGAGAAAUACAUGAGUGCCGUGAAGGAGAAUAAUCGAAGAAACAGCUCGACAGGUUACCACCCUCAAAUUCUACUGGCAGAAGACAAUGCAAUCAAUCGAAUGGUCCUUAUCCGCUUGUUGAAGAAUGUUGGGUAUGAGGCUGAGGCUGUAUGCGAUGGUCAGCAAUUAAUAGACAAAUUCAAUCCAAAGUAUCAUCGUUUGAUCAUUACUGAUCUCAAUAUGCCAAAUAUGAAUGGUCUUUUAGCAGCGAAAGAAAUUCGAAGAUUGUAUGGUUCAAACAAACAUGAAACAUCUUCUCCCACUAUUGUCCUUCUCACAGGAGAUGGCUUUUCUGAUUACUCGGAGGAUAUUGAGAGUGGAAUUAUUGAUAAGGUCUUGCUGAAGCCUUGCAACAAGGAAGAUUUAAAAAAUGUGGUUACGGCGUGCUUGUAG